AUGGCCACUCUUGACGAGUACCUCGCAAAGGCGACAUCGCCCGGUCCGGCACGCACGCUGCCGGGCUGCGUCAUGAUUGCCUACCAAACAGCAACGGGCCAGGCACGCUGCAAGUCGUUUGGCACCGAGUCGGUCGAUCCGAGCUCGCCACGCGCCGACAAACCACUGUCCGUCGACAGCUGCAUGUGGGUGGCGUCGUGCACGAAGCUGAUGACGGCCAUUGCGGCGCUGCAGUGCGUCGAAAAGGGCCUCCUGAUGCUCGACGACGACAUCUCUCUGGUGCUGCCCGAAUGGAACGAAGCGCGCAACAUCCUCCUCGGCUUUGACGAGGCCACGGGCGCCCCGCUGCUCGAACCCACCACGAGCCCAAUCACGCUGCGGAUGCUGCUGACGCAAUGCAGCGGACUCUCGUAUGCUUUUAUGAACGAGUCGUUUAAAAAGUACAUCAAGUACCAGGUGGCCUGCGGGUGGAAGCCCGAGGCGAACUCGGAGCUGCUGGCGCCCGACUUUCCCGUGCCGCUGCUCUUUGAGCCAGGCACCAGCUGGAACUAUGGCAUUGGCACCGACUGGGCUGGCAGGAUGGUCGAGCGGGCCACUGGGUUGACGCUGGGCGUGUACAUGGACCAGUACAUCUGGCAGCCGCUGGGCAUGACCAAAACGACGUUCCGCAUCCUCGACCGGCCCGACAUCUGCAGCCGCAUGGCCCAAAUGUCGGUGCGCACGAGCGGCAGUGACGGCCGCCUCGCCCCGUAUCCCGAUUACUACUUCCCCGUGACCACCACAAACGACUACGGCGGCAGCGGCGUCUUUACGAGCCCCCGCGAAUUCUUCAAAGUGCUCGUCGCCUGUGUCGACAGCAACCCCGUCCUCCUCUCGCCCGUGGGCUAUGGGCUGCUGUGCGCGCCGUCGUUGCCGCCGCUGGCCGCGGCCGCCUAUCAGACGAUCCGCACGAGUCUCGUCGCAGCUGCCAACGCCGCCGCCCAGGAACGCGGCACGCCCAUCCCCGUCCCCAGCCCGACGCAGUACAACUAUGCGCUGGGCGGCAUGCUCAACCUCGACGACGUGCCGGGCGGCCGCCGCGCCGGAACGAUCUCCUGGGGCGGGCUGCCGAACUUGACGUGGACCGUCGACCGCGCUGCCGGCGUCGCCACCCUCUAUGCGAGCCAGCUGCUGCCGCCGGGCGAGUCGUUGACGGCAUGGAUCGUCCGGGCGCUCGAGGCAGAGGUGUACAGCGGGGCGUUUUUUAAGAAUGCGACUCUAUUGGGAAAGUGGAAGAAUCGAUGGCGAUAG